GCACUUAGUCACCCGCCUGCCGCCGCCGGUGCGCACCGCUCCGCUCCGCCCUCCCGGCUUCCUCGCCGGCUGCGCGACGCGCCCGAGGUCUCCCGGUAAGCGCGGUCCGGCCCGCACCCCGGGUCCCGGCCCCUUCCUCCCGAGCGGACGCCCAGCCUGCCGGCCGCGCCGCCCCCGGCCUCCUCCGGGCAGGCCCCUCGGGUUGCCCGUGGGGCGCGCGGGGUUCCGAGACCCCUGCCUUCCCGGAAGCCCUGCGAGCGCGGCGGCUCCGACCUGAGCCAGCGCCGUCGGGUUUCAGGCUCCUGCCCCCGCCCGGGAGACUUUGGGGAAGUUCCCCCGAAGUAGCCGAGGACUUCAGGCGGCGCCAGAAACCGGGAACGGGAGCCCCGUCCCGGCAGAUUCGGGACCGGCCCUGCGCGCCCCGCCCUCAGCCCUCCCUGCCCCCCUGCCGCCCGCCCCGCUGACGGGCGCUCCCCGCUCCCUCCGCAGGCGCCUAUGGGCAGAGGAGCAGACCGCCCCGAGGCCCCGCGCUGUCCCCGCCGUCCCGACUUCGGGUCCCGCCGAGCCGAGCGCCCCGCCUCCCGCGCAGCAGCCUGCGCCGGGCACCAUGGCCUUCUCCCAGGUGCAAUGUCUGGACAACAGCCACGUCAACUGGCGCUCCAGCGAGUCCAAGCCCGAGUUCUUCUACAGCGAGGAGCAGCGCCUGGCGCUGGAGGCGCUGGUGGCCCGCGGCCCCGAGGCCUUCUACGAGGUGCUGAGCCGGGAGAACAUCCGCGACUUCCUCUCGGAGCUGGAGCUGCGGCGCAUCCUGGAGACCAUCGAGGUGUACGACCCGGGCUCGCAGGACCCGCGGGACUCGGGCUGCCUCCCGGGGUCUGAGGACCAUGGAGCGCGGGACCGGGAGGAGGCCAGUGGGGCCGGGGGAGCCCUCACGGAGGCGGAGCCCCCGCCCUCCCUGGAGUACUGGCCCCAGAAGUCAGACCGCUCCAUCCCCCAGCUGGACCUGGGCUGGCCGGACACCAUCGCCUACCGCGGCGUGACCCGGGCGAGCGUCUACAUGCAGCCGCCCCUCGACGGGCAGGCCCACAUCAAAGAGGUGGUGCGAAAGAUGAUCAGCCAGGCCCAGAAGGUGGUGGCCGUGGUCAUGGACAUGUUCACCGACGUGGACAUCUUUAAGGACCUGCUGGAUGCCGGCUUCAAAAGGAAGGUGGCCGUGUACAUCAUCCUGGACGAGAGCAACGUCAAGUACUUCCUGCACAUGUGCGAGCGGGCCCACAUGCACCUGGGCCACCUCAAGAAUCUCAGGGUGCGGAGCAGCGGGGGAACAGAGUUCUUCACAAGGUCAGCUACCAAGUUCAAGGGCGUCCUGGCCCAGAAGUUCAUGUUCGUGGAUGGAGACCGGGCCGUCUGUGGCUCCUACAGCUUCACCUGGUCCGCCGCCCGGACGGACCGCAACGUGAUCUCCGUGCUGUCGGGCCAAGUGGUGGAGACGUUCGACCGGCAGUUCCAGGAGCUGUACCUCACCUCGCACGGCGUCAGCCUCAAGGGCAUCCCCAUGGAGAAGGAGCCCGAGCCCGAGCCCGUCGUGCUGCCCGCUGUGGUCCCCCUGGCGCCCUCGGGCGCUGUGGCCAAGAAGCUCGUCAACCCUAAGUACGCGCUGGUCAAGGCCAAGAGCGCCGAGGAGAUCGCCAAGGUCUCCUCGGAGAAGCAGGAGGGCCAGAGGCCACCGGGGCUGCGCGGCCCAGGGCUGGCCGAGCAGCCGGGGGACCUCCCGGAGCCACCCCUGCCCGUGCACCCGGGGCUGCUCCACCUGGAGCGGGCCAACAUGUUCGAAUACCUGCCCACGUGGGUGGAGCCGGACCCGGAGCCGGGCAGCGACAUCCUGGGCUACAUCAACAUCAUCGACCCCAACAUCUGGAACCCCCAGCCCAGCCAGAUCAACCGCAUCAAGAUCCGAGAUACCUCCCAGGGCGGCGCCCAGCUGUGGAGGCAGAGCCAGGACUGCAGCCCCGCUCCGGAGCCCAGCACACCCCAAGACGGUCUCCCAGCCAGGAACGGCCUCCCCCAGGGGGACCCCAAGCCAGAGCCCCCUGUGCCCAAGCCCCGGACAGUCCCUGUGGCAGACGUGCUUGCCCAGGAUGGCGGUGGUGCUGGCUGGGCCCCAGAAAGCCCGGAAGAGGAGGUGCUGCAGAACAGAACAGACCACAGGCUGCCCAGGACCCCGGCCCCAGGCCCAGGCCCUGCCCCGCCCCGGCGGCAGCUGUCUGUGGCCCAGGGUGACCCUGGCGGUGAGGGCGGGGGGAUCCCCAAUGGCCUGGACCAGGAGGACGAGGAAGAUGACGAUGACUACAUAACCCUCAGCGACCAGGACAGCCUCUCAGGCAGCUCUGGCCUUGGCCGUGGCCUGCGGCGGCCCUCAGUGGCUUCCUCUUCUGUGUCGGAUGAGUAUUUCGAGGUGAGGGGACACCCACCCCCUCUCCGGAGGCGCCACUCAGAGCAAGAAGCCAAUGGGCCGGCCCAGCCCCCUCGCCGACAGCUGAGCGCCCCCCACAUCACCCGCGGGACCUUUGGGGAGCCCCUGUGUGGUUCACCGUGGGCCCAGGGUCGGGAGAGAGAAGAAGCGGGCUCUCUGCGGAAGAUGCAGGCCUUUCGCUCCGUGGACAAGAACGCACAGCAGCCCCUACUCAGGAACUGGUCCACUCUCUCGCCAAGCUGGAUGCAGAAAGGAGAGAAAUAUUUACAUUUGGCAUUCGGAUGCAGGGACUUGAUUACAGGGGAACUCUCAAAAGUCAAGCAAGGGGGUUGCUACGAGAAGUGUGCUGCACAACAGACUAAAGAAGUAAGCCUGGGUCUCAGAGGAAAUAAACCUUUUAGAGAGAACACCCCGACUCCCUUCUGAUCAAAAGUCCUGGAGGAGCCGGUGGGCAGAGCCAGGGAGAGCGUGGCAGGGGGGACAUGAGGGAGCAAUUCCACGCUCAAGCCCAGUCACCGUCUAUAUCCCGCCCCCAUCCGGUCCAACAUGCUCACACACACAGAUCCAACUCUUCUGGCCAGGAGCUCUGCCCAGCCAAGAAGCCAACCAGAUCACACCCGGUGAGCUGCAUCCGUCCCGAGAGAAAGCAUCACUGUCAUAUCUGAGACACCAUCCAGCACCUGAUGUGUGGGGUUUUCUACACCAACCGUCCUCCGUCUCUGGACAACGGGGUGUCCUGCAAUUCAAUUCAAUUCUGACGCCGUCUCCCCGAGACUCAUCAGGCUGCUCCUGCUUGAGGCGCCAUGACAGUCCCAGGCCUCCCGUACUUCUAGCCAAACGUCCAUAAUCAGGGUUCCCACAGCCCUUCUUCAGGUUAUAAUUUGCCAGAACCGCUCACAGAACUCAGGGACACACUUUGCUGUUAUGGUUAUAAUAAAGGUCUGAUGGAGGUUACAGAUGAACCGCCAGACAAAGAGGUCUGUAGAGGGGGGUUCAGAAGGGUCCUGAGCGCAGGAGCCUCUGUCCCCAUGGAGCUGGGGUGCGUCACCCUCCUGGCACAUGGGUGUGUUCACCGACCUGGAAGCUCUCCAAAUCCCACUCACCGUGGACGGUUAAGGAGCUUCAUCGCCUAGCAGGGCUGCUGAAGUCAUGGGCCACUGGUGCCUGACUCCAGCCCCUCUCUCCUGGAGUUUGGGUGGGUGGUAGGCUGCCAGUUUCCUACCCUCUAAUCAGCUUGAUUUUUUGGGUUACCGUCCCCCAUCCUUAAGUUAUCUAGGGGCCCCCAGAAACAAGUUAUCUCAUUGUGGACGAAAGGGGCCACAUGCUGACCUGACAGCUCAGGGGAGGCCUAUAUGGUGGUCUUGCAAACUCAGACCUAAAGUCACCACAAAGGAUG